UUUAAGAUCAAGCGACGAAGGCCGCGAUUGGAGGCUCAGGCGGUGACGUAACUUUCCGCUUUGGCUGGCCUUCCGCUCGGGCGGCUCUCGGGGACCAUUUAGCGGCGCUCCCCGGUCCCUCGGCCCUUGCAAGUGCGAUGAGGUCGGUUAGCUACGUGCAGCGCGUGGCCCUGGAAUUUAGUGGGAGCCUCUUCCCGCACGCGAUCUGCCUCGGGGACGUUGACAACGACACGUUAAAUGAACUGGUGGUGGGGGACACCAGCGGGAAGCUGUUCGUAUAUAAGAAUGAUGACAGCCGGCCGUGGCUCACCUGUUCCUGCCAGGGCAUGCUGACUUGCGUUGGAGUUGGAGAUGUAUGUAAUAAAGGAAAGAACCUGGUGGUGGCGGUGAGUGCUGAAGGAUGGUUUCACCUGUGUGACCUGACACCUGCCAAGGCCCUGGAUGCUUCUGGGCACCACGAGAGCCUAACGGGAGAGGAGCAGCAUCCAGUGUUUAAGCAGCACAUCCCUGCCAACACCAAGGUCAUGCUGAUCAGCGACAUCGAUGGAGAUGGGUGUUGCGAGCUGGUGGUAGGUUACACAGACCGUGUGGUCCGGGCUUUCCGCUGGGAAGAUCUGGGCGAGGGCAGUGAGCAUCCAACGGGGCAGCUGGUGUCACUCAAGAAAUGGACACUGGAGGGUCAGGGUCCCAUUUCCUUCUGUCCCCAGCCCUCUGUCAGCCCCUGUUCCCUGGUGCAGGUAGACAGUCUCUCAGUGACUCCGGGGCCCCUGGGUGUGCCGGAACUGAUGGUAUCUCAGCCGGGCUGUGCAUACGCCAUUCUGCUGUGUACCUGGAACAAGGACACCGGGCCGCCCCCUACCUCAGAGGGAGCUCCGGAGGGCAGUAGGGAGGCCUUAGCUGCCCGAGAUGUCAUGGUGCACCAGACUUCCGGCCGCAUCCACAACAAGAACGUCUCCACCCACCUCAUUGGCAACAUCAAACGAGGUGAAGGCCACAACGCUGAGAGGGGUGGCUCUGGCCUCUUUGCCCUCUGCACCCUGGAUGGGACACUGAAGCUUAUGGAGGAAGCAGACAAGCUGUUGUGGUCAGUGCAGGUGGAUCACCAGCUCUUCGCCCUGGAGAAGUUGGAUGUCACGGGCAAUGGGCGUGAGGAGGUGGUAGCCUGUGCCUGGGAUGGACAGACAUACAUCAUUGAUCACAACCGCACCGUCGUCCGCUUCCAAGUGGACGAGAACAUCCGAGCCUUCUGUGCAGGCCUCUAUGCCUGCAAGGAGGGUCGCAACAGCCCCUGCCUCGUGUACGUCACGUUCAACCAGAAGAUCUACGUAUACUGGGAGGUGCAGCUUGAGCGGAUGGAGUCGACCAAUCUGCUGAAGCUGCUGGAGGCUGAGCCAGAGUUCCAGAGCCUCCUGCAGGAGCUGGGCAUGGAUCCUGACAAUGUCCCAGCCGUCCGUGACCUGCUUCACCAGACCCUCUACCAUCCAGACCAAUCACCACAGAGCGCUCCUGCGAGCCUCCACAUUCCCACCUAGCCGGACUUGCCUCUUAGCUGAAGAAGGAGCCUCCUGAACCACCCCCCGCCCCAGGUAUCCAUGGUGCUGGCAGAAUAGGGAGCAAACAUCACAGAGGAGCAUGGAAGGAUGGCGGCCACCCCAGGGGGGCUGUAAACUGUAGCCUUCAUGGUCUUCUUGGUGAAAGAAGAGGCGAGUUGACCUUCUGUCCAUUUCCUUGUGUACCUUACCCAUCACAUCGGCAGGAUCAUAGGGACCCCAACCUCAUUCCACAUCAUCUGGGACCGCCCCCUCCCCAGAGCUCCCCACUUUCCUUAUGUGGCAAACAGACUUGUUUGUGAGCAGGGGGCACAAAUCUUAUAAGGUGCUUGCUUGUAAAGAAAGCAGGCUUUGGGGCCAGUGGAGCAAUGAGUUAAGGGCCCCCCCCCCCAUUCCGAGCUCCAGCUCCCUUGGCACAGCUCCAAGUCAUUGGAAUUAGUGAUUAUUGCAGAAAUGGCCCACCGUUUUGCUUUUGAGGAGAGUCUUUCAGGACAUUUUACACUCUGGUCUUAACUGUUCCCAGCAACCCUGAGAUGAUUUUCUUCAAUUUAGCAAAGAAACAAACCGGGGCCUAGCACUUUCUCAUUUUGCCAUGUUUAAGUAUUGUGCAGCUUUGUAGGCCUUGCUCCCAUUUCCCCCCAGAACACUCUAUCUGUGAGACAAUGGACAUUUAAAAUCUGAUGCAGGUUUAGAAUCCAGACCACAAUCAGAAUUAUAUCUUGGGCCAAGUUUAUCCCUUCUGCUCUCGAUUCUGCACGCUCUGAGUCAGUGUUUUUUCACAUUACAGGUUGCAAUCCUUUGGUGGGUUGUGGUCAGCAUUUUUUGGCUAAGUGAAAUAGGACAGAAUAAAAUGGAAUGAAGAAUA